CGCAAAAUCACUAAAUUUAAGCAUCUUCAUUCAAAUCCAGAAACUCAAUGAACAAAACACUUCAAUCAAGGAAACACUCGAUAGACAAAACACUUCAAUCAAGGAAAAAUUUGAUGAACAAAACGCUUUAAUCAAGGAAAAAUUUGAUGAACAAAACGCUUUAAUCAAGGAAAAAUUUGAUGAACAAAACGCUUUAAUCAAGGAAAAAUUUGAUGAACAAAACGCUUCAAUCAAGGAAAAAUUUGAUAAACAAAACGCUUCAAUCAAGGAAAAAUUUGAUGAACAAAACGCUUCAAUCAAGGAAGUUAUCGUUAAAUUCUCUGAGCUCUACAAUAAAAUGAGCUAUAUUGAAGGUAUUCUUAGUGUUACAAGUCCAAUCGAAAAAAAUGAAAAACAAAAAUGA